AUGUUUGGAAGAUCUAAUUGGAUCAUAGAUGGUUGCUGCAAAAACUCCAACAUUUUUGUUUGUUAUGACUUGACAAAUGAAAGAUUGAUACCAUUAUCAUUCGCAAAGUAUUCAUCCAAAAUAUUACCUGGUUUGUGUAUUGUACAAUUAGAAUUAAAAUAUUCAACUGAUAAACAGAAUGAGCCCAUGGAUCUGGAAUAUGUUUUUUCGAUUAAUGAAAAUGCUGCUGUUACUAAAAUGAUCGUAAAACUAGACAAAACUAAAGUUUACGGUAUAGUAAAGGAAAAGGAAGAAGCGAAGUAAGAGUAUGAAAAAGGUCUAAAACAAGGAAAAACUAUGGCAUAUAGUGAGUCGGAUCCAAAGUAUCCUUAGAUAAAACGAGUAAAAGUUGGAUAGCUUGCACCAAAAAAGAAAUUGAAGAUUACUUUUGAGUAUAUACAACCCUUAGAGGUAUUUCUAAAUAAAUUUUGGAAAUUCGAACUAUUUCCAAUUUUUGAUUAAAAUUAUGUAUAGGAAAAUAAAGCAUAAAUGAUUGGUAUUUAUGAUGAGUAGAUUUAUGAAUAUCUAGAUGGAUUAUUUAGGAUUAAAGAUUUCUAGUUUACAUUUAAAUAAGAAAUUUAAGUGGAAAUAGAUUUUGGAUCACCUAUUACAUUUUGGAAAUCCCCUACUCAUAAACUUGAAUCAACGAAUGCUAAAAAUAACGCAAAAGUAAAUAAUUAGCAUUUAGUUCUCUUGCUAGAAGAUAUUCCUAAUAACUACGACCCCAGUAAAUAAUUUACCUUACUUUUUUCUUCAGAUGAAAUCAAUCUACCGAGAGCCAUUCUAAGUCAUACAAAGAACGAUGCCUUACAAUAUUAAAAAUAUUGUGCUACCUUAACAUUCAUUCCAAAAUUUAAUGAAGUUUCUUUAGAUGAUGCUUAUUCACAAUAUUUAGAUGGAUUAAUUAUAGCAGAUAAUCAAAAAAUUAAAAGAGGUAAUUACUUAUUUAUUAUUGAUCGAAGUGGAUCCAUGAGUGGAUCAAGAAUCAAAAAAGCUAAAGAAGCUUUAAUUCUGUUUCUAAAAAGUUUGCCUUAGGAUUCAGAGUAUAACAUUAUUUCAUUUGGUACCAAUUUUACAAAAUUGUGGAAUGUAUCCCAAAACUAUUCAUAAAAUACAUUAGAAACAGCGAUUAAACAUGUUGAAGAAAUGGAUGCCGAUAUGGGAGGAACAUGUAUUAUUGCUCCGUUAAAGUAGAUGAUAUAUCAUAAAAAUUAUGGAGCUUCCAAAAACACAACUCUGAAUGUGUUUUUGCUUACUGAUGGGCAGGAUACUGCUGAUCCUAUUAUUGAUUUGGUUCAGAAAAAUAACCUAGCGUAAACUAGAAUCUAUACUUUAGGAAUUGGUAGAGAAUGUAGCUAAUACUUGAUCAGAAGAGUUGCUGAAGUUGGAAAUGGUAAGUAUUAAAUUGUUAGUGAUAAGGAGGAUAUAAAUGAAAAAGUAAUUGAUCUAUUGGAAGAUUCCUUAACUCCAUAUCUGGAAGCAUUUACUCUAGAAUCUAAUAUCCCUAAUAUAACCUCGAUUAUUCCUAAUCCAGACUCAAUUGUUAGUUUGAAAAAAAAUUAAGAACUCACAUUCUAAAUACUUUUUCCAAAUUAAUAAAAACCAGAAGUUCUAGAGUUUAAGAUCAGAUGUUAUGAUCCAUAAAAUAAUCAAUAGAUUUCAUAUUCUGUAAAGUUAAAUUUGAAUGAAUCUUAAGAUAAUGAAUAUUUUCAUAAAUUGGCAGCCUACAAAUUUAUUACCUAUUAUGAAAACUCCAUAAAAUAUGGACAAAAUAAUGUGAAUUUUAUAAAGCUCAAUAAAAAUAAAAUUGAUUCAUAAGAUAUAAUUGCUUUAUCUGUUUAAAAUUAGAUUUUAUGUUCAAGAACGGCAUUUAUAUGUGAAGUUUGUGAUUUAGAAGAUUAAUUUUAAUAAUAGAUUAAAUAAAGAGUAUCUGUAGUUCAACCUAAACAAGCAAGAUAACCAGCAUAAUUAUACGCAUGUAGUGGUUAUUAAAGCAGAUGCAAUAUAUAACUUCAACAAGCUUCUAGUCAAUAUAAAUCUUCAGGGUGCUGUAGCACAGGAGGUUCUUCAAAAUCGUAUUCCAACUUUAAUACAUCUCCCUCACCUUAAAAAUAUGCUCUCUAAACUCAGCCUUUAAAAAAGUAAACAGAUUAAAGCAUAGACAAGUCAGAUAGUGAUAAGUUUACUUAUGAAACAUUAAUUUAAUUUGCUUAAGCAAAUGGUUGUUUUAUAAUUAAUAAAGAAGUUAAAUCAAAAAUUAAUUUUAAGAAUCUUUAAAAUCAUUAAAAUCUGAAAGAUGAUGUUUGGUUUACUUUUCUGGUGUUAUUAUACUUAGAGAAUUAUUUUAGUCAAUAUAAAAAAUCAUGGUAAUUGGUUUAUUAAAAGGGAAUAUCAUAUUUAAAAUAGAAUGGAAUGGAUUAUAAAGCAAAGAAGAAUGAAUAUAAAUUAUGA